GCUUCUCCACUUCUCCACUGCGACCUAUCACCGCGAGGUGAUGACGCAUGGUGAGCCUGACUCUACGCAGGCAGGACCGGUACGGAAGGGCCAAAUUCGCCUGGAGGGCCACUUUUGUGGAGUUGCCACAACAUCUUCUCAUCGAUUGGAGUUGGCGAUACCCAUCAAUGAGGAGGUGGACAUCAAUUUGCUCUUUCCCUUGCUGGCUGGCUUUCAGGCCAGCAGCGAGGCCAUCAGCGGUGACUUCGAGGAGCCGACGUCUUCUCCAGCGAGUCGCCCUGAUCCACAACUGUGGAGCCACCUUGAGAAACUCUUGGAAGCAGAUCGGA